CUGGCAGCUCGACUAUGUUGAAGCUAUGACGUAGGUGACACGCAUGGCUGAAGCUGCCAUCACCCCUCAUCCCCGCGCGCCUCCUCCAACCUAGACAACACACCAAACACCUAACUCCUGCCUCUGGUAUUCCUCCACGUCAACAAUACACACGUACCCCGAUACCCAAACCCACAACCUAGAACAAUCAGUUGAAAAUGGACAAGAUCAAGGAGAAGCUCCACCUUGGCAGCAGCAAGAACAAGACGGCUGAGGACGAUGUCCGAGCUGGCAAUGUCGGCACCAUCGAGGACAACCGCGACUCAAUCGACUCUGAACUCGCCGCCAUGCCCCCCUCAGAGCGCGUCGCCUACCUAAAAGAAUUCGAAGACUCAGACAAGCACGACACGCCCAAGAAGGGCGGGCUCCUCGAAAAGCUCAUCGCCCGAGGCAACAAGAAGACCGAAGACCAAAUCGCCGCCGAGACCAAGGAGCGCGAGGCACGCGAAGCAGCCCACCGCGAGGCGACACAUGCGUCUCUGGGCCCUGGCGCUGGAGCCAGCGCACACUCGGCUGCCGGACCCGGUGGAUUGUAAGCGACACGAACGAACAAAGGGAGCAUGAUUGAUGGAUUGUGAGCGACCAGCAUAAAGGUCCCGGGCGAGUAUGAUCGGCUUCGUGGACACACUUUCUGCCUGAUAUUCGAUUGUGAAGAAGGCUUUCUUGGCGAUGGACUGCGAUUACAUCUACAUACACUUUUCGAGACAUGAUGACUUCAACGAUAUGGUUAUGAGCUGAGUUGUGUUU